CUUUGAGAUACGAUUAAGCAGAGAGAACAUCAAAGCCUUUAUCAUGGACAUGUUUGCUGCUGGAAGUGAUACAUCAGCUAUUACGAUAGAGUGGGCAGUAGCGGAGCUGAUUAACCAUCCAAGCAUAAUGCAGAAAGCGGUACAAGAAAUUGAUUCCGUCGUUGGAAAGAACCGUCUCGUCGAAGAAUCGGACAUAGAAAACCUUCCCUACCUUCAAGCCAUCAUCAAAGAAACUCUAAAGACUUCAUCCUGCAGCACCAAUGAUAGUCAGAAUAUCAAGUGAAGACUGCAAAAUAGGGGCAUAUGUAAUUCCAGCAAAGACUAGACUAUUCGUUAAUGUUUGGAGUAUUAACAGGAAUCAAGAUUACCGGGAAAAUCCACUUGAAUUUCAACCAGAAAGAUUUUUGAGUGAAGAGAGAAUAAGCGGUAGAGUUCAAUUAGAUGUAAGGGGACAACACUAUGAAUUUUUGCCAUUUGGAUCUGGCCGAAGGGGCUGCCCAGGAACUUCAUUAGCAUUGAAAUUAGUUCAUACAACUCUUUCAGCAAUGAUUCAAUGCUUUCAAUGGAAAGUUAAUAAAGAAGGAAAUGAUAAGAUGGUGGAUAUGGAGGAGGGACCUGGCAUCACUAUUCCUCGAGCCCAUCCUUUAAUCUGUGUUCCAGUGGCUAGGAUUGAUGCCCUCCUACCUAGUAUGUGUGGUUAACAUUAGUGUAAAUCACAAAUGGAUAAUAGGUGUGGUAUCUUUUUAUAAUUUCUUUUAUAUCAGUAUUUAGUAAUAAGUACUUGUUAGAACCUAUUUAUAUA